CCGUCACUGAAUGUUUUUCAACACUGAGCACGUCUUUCGUGCGUGUUUCCAAAAUAUUUUGUUUUUUAAAUUUUAAUUGUGGAAUGUGCAGAGUUGAAGAGAAGAUUUUUUUAUUAAUAACAAUUAAUAUAUAUUAGUUAGUUACUAGCUACUAGUAAAUAUAAAAACAGAAAACUCUGAGUACAUAACCUACAAUUAAAAUGAAGCGUAAAAUUUCUAGUUUAGACCAAGAAGAGAGCAGAGUGUCAUCACUUCUCUUCAAUAAGUCAAACAAAUUCACAGAAAACCUGUCAGCAUCUCAUAAAAAGGAAAUUGACAUUGACCUAAAACCGGCAUGGGUAGAUGAAGACGACCAACAAUUAAGUGCAGACAUCAUCAGCAAGGUGAAAGGUGAUGGACUUUAUACUCAAAAACUUAAACAGAAAUAUGAAAUUUUGGUUGGAACACCUAGUUGGGCCAACAUCGCAAAUGCAGAGACAGAUAAUGAUAAGUUAACAAGUACAGUUGGCCACUUGAAGAAAACUAAGUCAAAAAGCUUAAAAAAAGGUAUUCUAGAACUCCAAAAGUUUCCUAAAAUAAAUUCCGAAACAGGGAACGAAGGUCCUAUAAUAACUACAGUGGAAUUUCACCCAAAAAUGAGUGUUGCUUUAGUUGGAGGCCAAUCGGGUGUUGUUUCCUUAUUUUCCGUUGGUGGAGAUGUGAACAACAAACUUCAUAGCUUCAAGAUAAAGAGCUGGAAAGUCACAGCCGCUCAGUUUAAUCCUGAAGGAACUGAGGCAUACAUAGCCUCAAAAACAUGCCACAAUUACUAUGUCUAUGAUCUUGUUAAAGCUGAACCCAAAGAGGUGCAAUUACCACGAGCUGUCAAAAGACCUAUAACUUUCAAAUUGUCUCCAAAUGGGAAAUUUUUAGCUACAUGUGACGCUUUCAAUGAGAUAUACAUUAUAUGUGCAAAAUCAAAAGAGUUGUUAAGAACACUAAAAAACAAUAGCAAUGUACAAUCUCUAGCUUUUAGUCACAAUUCGGAGCAAUUGUAUUGCUAUGGCAUUCACGGCGAAGUCACUGUAUGGGAUCUUUCAAUGUACAGAUCUGUUAAUAAGUUUAUUGAUAAUGGAUGUGUGACUGCAUCUUGUAUAGCAACAAGUUCUUGUGGCCAGUUAUUAGCAACGGGCAGUGGUGAAGGCAUAGUGAAUGUUUAUGAAACACAAAAUUUGACAAGUCGAGAACCUCUGCCAUUGAAAACAAUAUCGAACUUAACCACUAAGAUAACAAAUCUAACAUUUAAUUCCUCCACAGAAAUAUUGUCAGUAACAUCAAGCUAUUAUCCUAAUGCAGUAAAACUUAUCCAUAUACCAUCGUACCAUGUUUUCAGCAAUUUUCCAAAACAAAGUUUGCAGCAAGUUGAGACUGUAAGUUUCUCACCUAACAGUGGUUAUAUGGCCUUGGGUAAUAACAAAGGCUACGCUUACUUGUUUAGAUUGAAACAUUACAAGAAUUAUUAAAAAGUUAAAUGUUAACAACA